CCACGCGGUUGUUGCCGCGAGUUAAUUCCACGCAGCGAGACUUCCUGAACAAGCUUUUACAUGUGACGAUUCGAGAACGUAGGUGCACGAUUCGAUUCUCGACGGCUCAGUGCGCGCCCGGCCCAUGAUCCACAUGGUACGCGUGGGAAGCCAUACUUCGAAUAGUUCUGUUCGAUUUGAUCAGAUGCUCUGUACAGAAUUUGAAGAGAGAAAGGAAGAGCGCGAAAUCCCGGAUAGAGAGUCAUCGCUGUCGAAGAAGGAAACAAACAGCAAAUAAGCGCCCGUGCCAAGUCAGUUCACACCGCCGGGAACCAUCCCCUCCUCUGUAGUCGCCCCGUCUCGGCUGGCGUGCCGAGUGGGAAAGGGCGCGGUUGCUUCUUGACUGUCAAGGUCGGAACCGGCGGGCUCUCCAAUUGGACGCUCGCGGGCCACAUGGCGUUCGGGUUCUUCUCUAUAAGAAGGGACCCCGUGCCGUAAAUGGCCGCAUUUGGUGGUUUCGGUCCCGUCCUCUAUUUUGGAAGAAAAUUUUGUGCGCUCGGAGGCUCUCGUCGCGGAAAAUAAGCUGUCUACUCGCAGCAUGAUGUGUGUCGGCUACGCGUCGCUCUUGCUUGCCGCCUUUGCGCUGUCACAGCCUGCGCUUGGCUUCAACCCGGUCGUGAAGACUUCCUCGGGCACCGUAAUGGGACGCCGUGUUCAGCACAGGGGUAAGGAAGUGGACGUGUUCUACGGAAUACCUUACGCCAAGCCGCCUCUCGGCGACUACCGCUUCAGGGAGCCCUUCCCCGUCGAGCCUUGGUCGGGGACCUACAACGCCACCUUUAAGCGGCCCUCGUGUGUGCAAGUCAAGCCGAAGGAAGACAAUUCAUCAUAUUCCCCGCUUCUGAAGAUGGCGAACAUGCAGCCCGUCAGCGAAGACUGUCUGACGUUAAAUGUAUGGCGACCGGCAUCGUGCGGAGGAGGUGACUGCCGCGAUCUUCCGGUCUUCGUCUACAUCUUCGGAGGUGGCUUCGCCGUAGGCGACGCUUCGAUUUUCAUCUACGACGGUGUUCACUUCGUUGCCUCCACGGACGUGAUCUACGUGACUAUGAACUACAGGGUGAGCAUUUUCGGCUUCCUCGACGCCGGCAAUAAGGAGAUGCCCGGAAACAUGGGCUUGCUUGACCAGGUCAUGGCGCUUCGCUGGGUUAAGAGCAAUAUAGCUCAUUUCGGCGGUGAUCCGGACAUGGUCACCCUGGGAGGCCAGAGCGCCGGCGCCAUUUCGGUGGGCUACCACGCGAUAUCUCCGAUGAGCAAGGGUCUGUUCCGGCGUGUCAUUAUGGAGAGCGGAAGUCCGCUGUCAACCGUCGGCCUGCACCACGCAUCCGGACCAGGCCAGAUGAUAGCCGUGGCCAACGUGGCCGGCUGCUACGACCUGUCGAGACCGGCGGAGCAGCAGAUCGACGAGAUGAUCAAGUGCCUCCGAAAGAAGGAUGCCGAAGAGUUGCUCAGGGCGGCGCAAGAAGGUCUGGGUAUGAAGCUUUACUUGUACUUCCCGAGGGUUCACAGCCAGUUUAUGCCCCUGGACCCAUCCGACCCCGACACAUAUUCGGUGAAUGCCAAGGAAGUCUUCUUCGGACUCACCAAGAACGAGGGUAUGCUAUUCGCGUACGUUAUUCAUAAGAAGUUCGAGAGCCAGACUGACUUCAUCCAGAGCAACUUCCCCACCGUGAUGCGCACCGUACUCAGGAGCUUCUUCCAACACAUGCCCACCCGAGCUGCUCAUGACAUUGCCAUCGCCUACACGGAAGGAAAGGAUGAGCUCUCGGUGGACGAGCUAAAAGCCAUCGCGAGCGCCGUGUUCGGCGAUAUUAUAUUUACGUGUCCUAGUCAGCUGUUUGCCGAUGUCCUGAUAAAGAAAAAAGUUCCGCUCUAUCACUACGCUUUCAUGCACAAGCCGACGGCCAGCUUUCUUGGCAACUUCUCGGACGAGGUAACCCACGCCGAAGAGCUUCCCUUCACGAGAGGUGUGAUCGACGCGCAGCGGCAAGAGUUCCAAAAGAUUACAGCGGGCGCGAGUGACCCCGUUAUCAGGGACUUCGUGACGACGCCCGAAGAGGUGCAGUUCAGCGAGGAGCUGAUACAGACCUGGGGUGCCUUCAUCAAAACUGGGAAACCAAAGAUUCCGAAGAGCGACAUGGAGUGGCCAAAGUACACCAAAGAGAACAAGGCGUACGUGAUACUCAAGCCGAACGACUACAGCGUCGCGUACGGACCCAGGUCUAAGAAAUGCCACCUCUGGGAGCCAUACCUUGUUAAGAGGCAACCAUCUCCAACGACGCCCGCUCCCAAGCACAAGCCGACGCCCAAGCGCGUGCCAGAGAAGCGCCCUGGAAAACCGCUGCGGCCGCUCGACAACUUCGUCGAGUCUUCAGCAUCCACCGGCCCGCUGUCAUCAGCCACGGCGCUGGCAUCAAUGCUCUUCGCCAUCGCCCUCGGCCGGUCAUGAGAACAAGGGACGAGGCUGGAAAAGCGUGGAGUGGUGUUAUCCCGCUUCGUAGAGUUUUAAUUCUUGGCGCUUACGGAAGUGCGCGUUCUUUCUACCAGCGCUGCAGGGACACUUUAUGCUGGCCAGGGGUAAUUGUAGCCUUCCACCGUGCUUAGGUACCUGGCGCUGUGUCUACGCAAAUGUCGUUCAUGACAGUGGCGAGUGUCAUGUUCGCUUUUUUUGUGAGCAACACGGCGGGAAAUUUUGAUUCGAGGCUACGAUGGUGAACAUGGGCCACCAUACUCUGACGCAGAUAUUAGCGCAGUAAAUGAGAAACUACCGACAUGUUUUACAAGGCGGACAGUACGUAGGCAUGCAAAUUGAUGACGAAAAUGGCCACGGGAACGUAGUAGCAGGCUCGUUGCAUUGGAAGCGUUGUGCCAAAUUUAACCAAAAGAAAGAACAGGAGGGGGAGAGGCAGUAUGCGGCUCUUUUGUGUGUUGCUCUGAACCAGUCAGUGACCGUUCAGAUAAUAAAAGAUGUAAGGUGAACAGCAGGGCACUCUUCGGUGUGCUUUCUAGUACUGAAACGUGCGUGCCUAGUUUAGUUAUGAGUAAGUACCGUAUUGGGGGUUGGACACGACUAGGAUAGUUUUUUUUCUAUAUUGUUUAUAUAGCGUCGAAAUCACAGAUACACCUUCUUCGUGCGGAAUGACUCUUCAAAAAGAUCGCGAAGUGGAGCGAUGUCUUUUUUUCCGGAGCACAAUCAACUUGGUAAAACGUUGCCGGCAUGCAGCAUGCAUGUUCAAAGUUGUUGUUGUAAGCAUCAUAUCGCACUACUGACACCAUUAGUGUUGGACUAGUUGUGUCUCAAAUAACUCCCCGAUUUACUAUUUUUGUGUGCUAUUUUCAGUAGUGUUAAAGUAGUUCACGCCACCAAAAUAUCUAAUCGAAAGACGGCCCUUUCGCAAGCCUUACAUGUCAGUUCAACUCUGGCUUUCUAAUUGAACUUGGCUACAACAUGUUAUGAAUCUAGACAUAGAAAUUCAGUGUCUGUCAUUCACAUAUGCGAUAUUUAUUUCUUAGUGAUACACCAGCACAAAUUAGAAGUCGUAUUCGAAUGUAGAUAAACUUUUUGUUCUGGCGUUCACGUGAUAGAUCGAGAAUUUUCGCGUUAGUCAGUUUGUUACCCAUACUACACUGCAAAGCUGCCGGCAUGUGUGAAAGUCAUCGAGAGCAAACACUCGCUAGCAAAAGUCACUAUUCGUGAACUAUUUUCAUGUGGCAUAAUCGAGAGCUUAAAACUGAAGCAGAAAUGUGAAAUGUUAGAUUAACGAAGUUCUAGCCAAGCAAACUUAUUGCCAUAGUGGCUCACUUCCUUUGGUUUUUGUUAUAUUUUGAUCUUCGCCAGCGGGUUUUACAUCGAAGAUACGUGUGUAAGGCUGCCGUAACAGAGUAACAUAGGUUCAUCAGCCGAGUACAUAUCAGCAUAGACUACGGCAGCUGUUUGGAGAGUUGAAGCCCGCUAUCAGUGUAUCUGGAAAUGUGUGCGAUCAGCCAAAGGGCGCCAAAUGUUUCAUCAUAUAUAUAAUGUUUUCGUCACUCGUGUACGCCUGUAAAUACCCAUAUUGUGUUUCAUAUCGAGGUAUUGUUUAGCGUGUUAUGCGGAUACGUGAAUGUGUUCGCUCGCAUCUACUCUUGUGUUAAAAAAAAAAGAAGCACUGAUGCAUUGUAAUAUUUGAGGCUUUCUAGACAGAUAGGUGCGCCAUUUUUCAUUGUAUUUUCAUUAAUUUUUUAUUCAUUUUUUUAUUGUGUGACAGGCACGCAUCUGGUUGUUUGUGACUAUGAAAUAAAUGAAAUUCUAAUAAAAAAUGCUUUUUGCUUUGAAAA